UAAGAAAAUUAAUAAUGAUAAUAACAGUAUAUAUAUAGCGUUUUAUAUAUAAAUUAUUUUAGAUUUAACAUUUUUACUUUCUAUUAAAAACCAUGACGGCUAGUUUUUUGUUCUCAAUUUUAAUAUUAGCAAGUUUUAAGAUUACAGAAAGUCAUAAUAAAAACCAUCACGUCAAAGAACCUGACCACGAUCAUUUCGGCAAAGGUAUAAAUCCUUUGGCAGAUUUUGACGAGGAAAGACAUAACAAAAUAUUGGGUAAACCGAAUAGAUUUCAUGACACAAGCCCGGAAGAGAAUGAUUUAAAUAGCUUUUGGGAUGAACUUGAUGAUUUAAAUGACCUUGAAGAAGAAAGUCAUGGGAACGAUGAUAAAGAGAGAAAUGCAAGAUUUAGUAAAAGCAGGAAAGGCAUCAAAUGUACAUAUAAUAUCCAAUAUAUUUGCGGUAACAGAGGGAAACGAUUUAGGGGCCUUCCUGGAUGCCGAAAAUUCGUAGAUUGUGACAAUCGUGAUAAACGAGUUUUCAAAUGCGGACUUGGCAAAGUCUUUCACCAGGCAUUUCAGUCAUGCAGAAAAUUUAAUCGUAAGUUCAAAUGUCCUUGUUACAUAUAUAGAUUAACUACAACUCUUAAAAUGAACAAUUUAACUACACCAUCCAUCAUUACUACUACCAUACAAACUACACCAUCCAUCAUUAAUACCACCAUACAAACUACACCAUCCAUUACUACCACCAUACAAACUACACCAUCCAUUACUACCACCAUACAAACUACACCAUCCAUUACUACCAUUCAGACAUCACCAUCCAAUAGUACUAUAUUACAAACUAAUUCAACUGUUACUCAGCAAAAUACUACUUCUGCCACUAUACCAUCUUCAAACGUGACAACUCAAAUCUCUACCGGGAGCACUUCAAUUCUGACUCUAUCCACGAAUGUAACGACACUUUCUAGUUCUCAAACAAACUUAACUACGGCGCCAAUAAAUAUUACUAGACAAGCUAACGUGACAACUUCUAUAAUACCAUAAAACCAUAAAAAAUUUAUAAUUAAUUUUUUUUAUUUAUAUAAUUUAAAUUUAUAAAUUUACAUUAAAUAUAUGGUAUUUAUAAUUUUUUGUAAUUUAUAUCACAUGAUAAGUAUAUCUAAAUAAAUUAUUCAAUAUUUAUUUUCUUCUUGAAUUUUUAAAUAUUCUUUUAAUUUUCAAUUUUUUUAAAAUAAUAUGUUUUUUUAUAAUUAUUAUUUCUAAUAUUUAUAAUAUCGAUAUUGUAAUUUUUAAUUUAAACUUAUCUAUGUGAUUAAAAUAAAAUAUUUUGGCGUUAAUCCUUAA